CAGUUGUAGCAGCAAUUACCUUAUGAAGGAAUUAGCAGUUAGCUAAAUGCAAAGGAGCAACAUGGCGAGCCAGAACAAGAAGACGGCCCAGUAUCAUUCAGGUCUGCCGCAUGGGAACAUUUCGGUUUCCCUGUAAACUAUAACGGGGAUUACCAACGAGUGGGGGAUAAAACAUCUACAACAUGUAGGCUCAGUUCAUUUAGCAGAUAGCCUAUUAGAGUGGUAAUACAAGUAACAUGACUCCUCAUUUGCGCCGACACCUCAAAGUGCCAAUCCGUGGGACUAGGCGAAAAAAUGAAACGGCAAACGCUUCUCCCCACAGCCUUCAGACAGCAAUAUGCGUCUGACUCCGGUAGGGCUAAAGAAAUCAACGCAGCGAUAGCAAAAUUCAUAGCAGCAUGUAUGCGACCCAUAUCCGUGGUAGAUAAUGCGGGGUUCACAAACAUGUUUAAAGUGGUCGAGCGCGUUUCACUAUUCCUUCCCGUACACAUUUUGCCCAGACAUUAAAGCCUGCGUUAUACAAACAAAAACUUGAGAGCGAGUUGUCAGAAACGCGGUAUGUUGCUCUAACAACAGACAGUUGGACGUCUAGAGCUACAGAGAGCUACCUUACUGUAACGGUUCAUUUAAUUACGGUAGAAUGGGGAUUACAAAGCCAUGUCUUUCAAACACGUCCCAUUGAGAGUAGUCACACCAGUGUCAACUUUGGGGAAGAGCUAAGGGCAGUAGUUGCAGUGUGGAAGUUGGAGAGGGAUAAUGUAACGAUUCCUGUGACCACUGACAACGCUAAAAAUAUUGUAAAUGCAGUUGCACUAGCUGGAUUUGGGCAACAUAUAGGAUGCUUUGCUCACAUUAUUAAUCUAGCAUCUCAAAAAAAAAUGUCAGUGGAUCCAAUCUAUCGUCUCCUAGCAAAGAUCAGGAAGGUGGUAUUCUCAAAUCACAACUGGUGGUAUUCUCAAAUCACAACUGGUGGUAUCCUCAAAUCACAACUGCUGCACAUGUUUUCAAGACAAAACAGGAGAUGCUGGAGCUGCCAAACUACAAACUAGUACAAGAUGUCCCUACUAGAUGGAAUUCAAGCCAUGACAUGGUUGAGAGGUACCUUGAGCAGAAAGUUGCGGUGUAUUCUACACUGACUGAUCAAGCCGCGAGGAAGAAUGUCAAAGAUAUUGUGACCUUGUCUGAAAAUGACAAGAAGACUAGCAGAGGAAGUUAUCAAAGUGUGUCACAAACAGUCACAACACUGAGAUGCACUGAGAGCAUCCCAUCAGUUUCCAUGGUCCUGCCUAUGAAAACAAUGAUCCUGAAAUCAAUGGUGGCAUCUGAUGAAGAUGACCCCGCAGUAAGGGAUGUCAAGACUGCUAUCAGAGUUAAUCUGGAGCCUAGAUAUGCUGACCCUGGUGUCCAAGACUUCUUACACAAGAGCACCACUUUGGACCCCCGGUUCAAGUCCCUGCUGCACCUGGAUGCUGCUGCUCGUCUGAGAGUCGACAAUGAACUCACAGCAGAGAUUGUGACCAAUACACAACAGGGUCAAGCCACAGGAGCCAACCCCUCUCCAGAGAUGGCAGACUACAGGGGUUCUACUCCAGAAAAGGAGGUGACCUCAUACAGGGAAGUGGACUGUAUUCCCCUGGAUGCUGAUCCACUUACAUGGUGGAAGACCAAAGAGUUAAUAUACCUUCAUGUUGCCAUGUUAGCAAGGUGCUACCUGGCUGAGCCUGGGAUCUCUGUCCCUAGUGAGAGGGUAUUCUCCACAGCUACCUGGCUGAGCCUGGGACCUCUGUCCCUAGCGAGAUGGUAUUCUCCACAGCUGCCUGGCUGAGCCUGGGACCUCUGUCCCUAGUGAGAGGGUAUUCUCUACAGCUACCUGGCUGAGUCUGGGACCUCUGUCCCUAGUGAGAGGGUAUUCUCUACAGCUACCUGGCUGAGUCUGGGACCUCUGUCCCUAGCGAGAUGGUAUUCUCCACAGCGGCUGACAUUGUCACAGUAAGCCGAUCUGUGCUCACUGCAGAUCAUGUGGAAAGACUAAUCUUCUUAAAGAAAAACUUGAAAAUCUGAUUACAUUUCAUUUUUUUUCAAGUAAUCAGUCUCAAGUGGUCCUAUUUUGUUUAAGGCACUGCUAUGUAACUUAAUUUUGAUAUAUGCUGCUGGACUAUGCACUGUUGUUGAAGUUCUGUUUUAAAUGACUAUUUUUUCCCUGUUAUAAGACAGGCACUGUUGUUUUUUGUUGUCCCUUUGUUUCCAUCUGCUCCUGGGAAUUCAAGCUACCCAUGUUUACUAUUAUAAUACAUGGAAAAUCUAAAUACAAAUGACAUAUUUCUCAGGCAUUUAUUUUGUCGAUGUAUCGAAACCGUACCGAACUGUGAGUUUUGUGAACCAUUUCACCCCUACUGUUUACAGUAUUUUUGAAAAAC